GAAGGAAGAGAUGCCGGACUACCUGACACCUGAAACCAUUAAGAACAUGUCGCCGAGGGAACUUGACUACCACUAUUUUAAACUCCACGACUUCGACGAGAACCUCCGGCUCGAUGGCCUUGAGCUCCUGGCCGCCCUCGGCCACGUCCACGCCGAUGACGAUGACGAUGACGAUGAAGGAGGAGGAGGAGGAGGAGGAGGAGGAGGACUUAGCGAGGAGCAGAAGAGGAUCCGAGAGAAUUUCCUGCGCCAGAAAUACGAGGAGGACUUCCGGCUGUAUGUCCAACUAAUCGACGAAGUGUUUGAGGACAACGACACGAACAAGGACGGCUUCCUGAGCUGGGCGGAGUACCUGAAGGGGAGGCAGGUGAACGACGAGAAGCGCAAGAAACUGUAAACAAAACACACACGCUCACACUCACACACACACACACACACACGCCCACACUCACACACACACACGCACGCACACACACACACACACGCACACACACACACACACACACACACACACACACACACACACACACACACACACACACACACACACACACACACACACACACACACACACACAUAUGUUUGUGUGUGGUGACGAGACGGAUGAGAAAUGUAUAUCACAAUAAAACUUGUGUGAACCUUUA